AUGUCAACAAUAGCAUCAGAAUCACGAAUACCCGUGACUAUUGUAAAACCUAUUGUUUAUGGUAAUACAGCACAGCAUUUCGGUUCGAAAAGAGACUCCGAUGGACAUACACAUAAAUGGAAACUCUAUGUUCGAUCGUUUAAUAAUGAUGACAUGACAAAAUAUAUUAAUCGAAUACAAUUUCGUUUACAUGAAACCUACCCGAAUAAUGUUCGCGUUCUCAAUCAACCACCCUACGAGAUUGAAGAAAGCGGCUGGGGAGAAUUUGAAACGCAGAUAACAAUUUUCUUUGCUGACCCGUGUGAGAAACCGGUGGUAUUUUAUUUUCAUUUGAAAUUGUUUUCAACAGAACCCGAUAUUGUCGUUGGUAGAAAACCGUUAGUCAAUGAAUAUUAUGAUGAAUUAGUUUUUCAAGAGCCGUCUGAUUUAUUGGCUCGAGCAAUAAAUUCUACACAAUUACUCCCGAUAUCAACCGAAGAAAAUCGAGCGAUUGAACAAGAAUAUGCAAAGAGAAAAAUUUAUACAGUUACACGUAUAAAAAGAGCUCGUGAACGAGUACGACAUGAAAUUCAAGAUUUAACUGAACGACUUUGUUUAACUCAACAGAGUAUAAAACAUGUUCGACAACGAUCAAUUACAUUGAUUUCACCAACCAAUGACAAUAUAAUUCGAGAUUAA